ACUCACCAAAUCAAACUACCAUCUACAGUAAUCUUUCAUUUUCAAGCUAACAAGAAAAACAUAUCUGACGGCAACCAUGGCUCUCUCUUCUCCAUCAUUUGCAGGGAAAGCUGUGACUCUAAACUCACAAACAGAAUUCCCAACCAAUGCUAGAUCUACUAGCAAUGGUAAGAUCUCGAUGAGGAAGACAUCCGCAAAGAAGCCUGCUGCUUCUUCAGGAAGUCCAUGGUACGGUCCAGACCGUGUCAAAUACCUCGGUCCCUUUUCUGGUGAGUCUCCUUCUUACCUAACUGGUGAAUUUUCUGGUGACUAUGGUUGGGAUACUGCUGGCCUAUCAGCUGACCCAGAGACCUUUGCAAAGAACCGCGAACUUGAGGUGAUCCAUUCAAGGUGCGCGAUGCUAGGCGCUUUGGGCUGUGUCUUCCCCGAGCUCCUUUCUAGAAAUGGAGUCAAAUUCGGCGAAGCAGUUUGGUUUAAAGCUGGAUCUCAGAUUUUCAGUGAAGGAGGACUAGACUAUUUGGGUAAUUCCAGCUUGGUUCAUGCACAGAGCAUCUUAGCUAUUUGGGCCACACAGGUCAUCCUAAUGGGUGCUGUUGAGGGUUACAGAGUUGCCGGUGGUCCACUUGGUGAGAUCGUUGAUCCACUUUACCCAGGUGGCAGCUUCGAUCCGUUAGGCCUUGCAGAGGACCCAGAGGCAUUUGCUGAGCUAAAGGUAAAGGAAUUAAAGAAUGGUCGCCUGGCUAUGUUCUCCAUGUUUGGGUUCUUUGUUCAGGCUAUUGUGACUGGAAAAGGUCCUCUAGAAAACCUUGCAGACCACCUUGCCGACCCAGUGAACAACAAUGCUUGGUCAUAUGCUACCAACUUUGCUCCCGGGAAGUGAGCAUAAGCGUAACAAAGGCAAAAUGGUGUCUGGCUUCCUACUUCUUUCUUAAUAUCCUCUGUACAUUCAUUUAGCUUGUAAAAUUGUGUAGCGCGCAUGUCUGCAUUUGGUUUAUAUACAGUGUUUCUGUCUAUGGUCUAGUUUCUGUACCUCGUAAAAAUGCAAGGGCGAUCUGGAGAUAAUUAGGUUCUCUACAUCGAAACAUGUAUCACUAAUACAAUCCAUUUUUGAGAAAAUUCAGAGUUUAUAUA